AAAGGCACCUGUCUCUCGCGCUGGGAUCUUGUUACAGGAGUGCAAAAGUUCAGCUCGGUUUUGCAGCAGAAGUUUUUACAGAACUACAGGCAGGACAGGAACACCGGCGCGUUUAAAAAGGAAAGAACAAGGGAAACGCAGGUAAUCUCUCGCGCGUGCAAAGUGCAGUCUGAUUAACAUGCUUCACUUCAUGAAGAUCCGCCAGCUGAGAGCGUGCGUGGCGUUCCUGCGGGGUCAGCCGGUCGGGGUGAGUGGGAAUGGGAAUGUGAUCACCCCAAGCAGACUGAUGUCCAGCAAAACAUACAAUGUUCCUCCGAGCAGCGAGUUUGUCGCGCGCGUGUCAGGAAUCGCCACCAUGGCCAAGUUACCUUAUCAGGACACAGCCGAGGGUCUGGACGCAGCCUUCAUCGGAGUACCCAUCGACACCGGGACCUCCAACCGACCUGGAACCAGGUUUGGCCCUCGGCAGAUCAGAGCCGAAUCGUUCAUGCUGAGGAACUACAGUGGCACGGGAGCUGCACCCUAUGAGUCCCUGAUGGUUGCAGAUAUUGGCGACGUCAACGUGAACUUGUAUGACCUAAAGGACGCCUGCAGACGGAUUCGCGAGGCUUAUCGCAAAGUGGUGGCUACAGGCUGCAUACCGCUUACGCUGGGGGGCGAUCACACAAUCGCUUACCCGAUUCUACAGGCCGUGGCAGAAAGACACGGUCCGGUGGGUCUGGUCCAUGUGGAUGCCCAUGCUGACACGGGUGAUAUGUCCCUGGGGGAGAAGAUCACUCACGGUACACCGUUCAGGCGCUGUGUGGAGGAGGGACUGCUCGACUGUAAACGCGUGGUUCAGAUUGGCCUCCGAGGCACUGCCUAUACGCCCGACGCCUACGCGUGGAGCAGAGAACAGGGUUUCCGUGUAGUCCGGGUGGAGGAGUGUUGGUACAAAUCUCUGGUGCCACUCAUGACGGAGGUUCGGGCCCAAAUGGGUAAAGGGCCUGUUUACCUCAGCUUCGAUAUCGACGCUUUGGAUCCUGCGUUUGCCCCAGGCACUGGAACACCUGAGAUCGCAGGCCUCACGCCUAUUCAGGGACUGGAGAUCGUUCGUGGAUGUCGAGGUUUGAAUCUCGUUGGCUGUGACUUGGUGGAGGUUUCCCCACCGUACGACACUACGGGAAACACUGCUCUGACUGCAGCCAACCUGCUUUUUGAAAUGCUUUGUGUCCUUCCAAAGACAAAACACUACUGAUUACGAAGAAAUGUUUACAGUGACUGAAUAAUUCGGUUUUAAGGAUCAUAAAAACUGAUUUCUGUUUAUGCUGUAGCACUUUUUGGUCCCGCAGGCCAUGUGAGCACUUAAAUGAUGAGUCAUUGCAAUGAGUUGUGCCAUUAAUGAACGUGUUAUUAUGAAAUUCAAGUCACUUUAUGUGGGGGUGGGGUUUUUUUUGUUGUUGAUUUUUUGGCUUUGCAGUAACAAAUUGCAUGGGAAUCUCUGAAGACUUGCAGGGUUGGGAGGGUUACUUUAAAAAUGUAUUCAGUUACAAAUUAAUUUUUAAUGUAAUCAGUAACGUUAUCCAAGUAUCACAAUAUGAAAGUAAUGUAAUCUGAUUCUUUUCGGAUUCAAGGUCACAUAUGUAAAUAAAGUCAAGAGAAAAGCAA